AAGACAGUAUGGCCGGACAGCAUCGGCUGUCUGCAUUGUAACGUACGAAAACGCUUUUUGGGGGUUCGACGGGAUAUUUUAAAGGAAAUAUGUCAGAUUACUUAAGAUCCGCUUUAGGAUACUUGAACGGAGCCACGAAUACUAAUGAAUACGUCGGACAAAUAUUGGAAAUCAACAAUGUGAAAUUACGCGUGACUAAGCUACUCGCCGAGGGUGGUUGGGCUUUAGUAUUUGCUGUUGAAGAUAUAAAAACAGGAAAAGAAUAUGCACUUAAGAGACUCAUAGCAAUUGAUGAAGAUACUAAUAAAAUUAUUAUACAAGAAAUAGAAACUUUAAAAAGAUUAUCUGGUCAUCCAAACAUAAUCCAGUAUCUUUAUGCUCAGCGUUUGGAUCGCGAAGAUCGUAAAGGAUAUGAGUAUUUAUUAGUAACAGAAUUAUGCCCUGGAGGUACAGUAGCGGAUACACUUAGAAAUUUAUCUACAAACACUCUGACUCUUGCUCAGAUUUGUAAAAUAGCCUAUCAAGCUACAAGAGCUGUGCAUCAUAUGCAUAGUCAACAACCUGAACCACUAGUACACAGAGACAUAAAAUUAGAGAAUUUUCUUAUUGGAAGUGAUGGUCUGAUUAAACUUUGCGAUUUCGGAAGUACUUCCAAUCAGCAAAUUUUACCUAAUCCUUCUUGGAAUGCUCAAAAACGAGCUACUUUAGAGGAUCAAAUGGCAAAAUAUACUACACCAAUGUAUCGAGCUCCAGAAAUGAUGGAUACAUGGAACAAUGAGCCUAUUGGUCCUCCAGUUGAUUGCUGGGCGCUUGGCUGUAUAAUAUACUCCUUAAUAACACUCAGGCAUCCAUUUCCUGAAGGUAACAAACUUGCAAUAGUCAAUGGGAAGUAUGCUCCACUUCCACCUAAUCCUCGUUUAAUUUGUCUUCACGACAUAGUAAAAGGAUGCCUGGAGGUAUCUCCUGUACAAAGAUUGACUACAUCAAUGAUUCUGGAGCGUUUAGCGGCGAUAGCUGAGUCGAACAAUUUUGAUCCCAGAGAACCCCCAAAAGUGGAAGUCCCAAUGAAAACCCCACCGCCUCCUAGACCUGCUCAACCACCCAGUACACCUACUCCACCACCGAGACCAUCUCCUCCAACAAAUGUACCUCUUUCAAAACCUGUCUCAAUGACUCAGACUGUUGCCAAGGUCCCCGUAGCUCAAACAACAGGCCUAUUUAGCUCAUUGAAAGGCGGUGCUGGUAAUAUUUUGCGAAACCUAAAAGAUACUUCAAGCAAAAUGAUGUACUCUAUGCAACAAAGCAUGGCCAGAACUGAAUUAGAUGCCAGUUACUUAACGUCGCGUAUAUUAAUUAUGCCCUAUCCGGCAGAUGGAAUAGAAUCUGCUUACAGAGCUAAUCACAUAGAGGAUGUAAGAGUAUUUUUACAAGCUCGACAUCCUCCACCAGCUCGUAUACAAUUAUAUAAUUUAUCUCGGGGACGACCAAAUAUGUCUAGACUUCCUGGUAGACAUAUUGACUGUUCUUUUGCCUAUGCUUCCUCGGAUUCUAAUGCUCCGUUAUUAUCAGCCUUAUAUCAGAUAUGUCAAGAUAUUUAUCGGUACUUGAAUGCCGAUUUUAAUCACAUUGUAGUAUUAUAUUGCAAUGAUGGGUACACAACCAGUGCCACAAUUGCCUGUACCUUGUUAAUUUAUGCUAAAGCGUUUAAUACUCCUAAGGAGGCAAUAGCGAUGUUCACAACCAGGCGACAAUCUCCUCAGUUGCAGCCUUCGGAAUUACGUAGUAUUAAUUAUAUGAGUUUGCUGAGUGCCGGUGUACAACCUCAUACUAAGCCUUUAAUUCUUCGUUCUUUAAUAAUUAAACCAGUUCCAUUAUUUACUAGGGCAAAAGAUGGUUGUAGACCUUAUAUUGAUAUUUAUAGCAAUGGAGCUUUAGUAUUCUCUACUAAACGACCAGAAUAUGAAGAUAUAAAAUUGUUUGGAAUGAUGAAAGGAAAGGUUUCAUUAGCACUUGGUAAUGCUACAGUUAGAGGAGAUGUUACUCUAGUUAUAUUUCAUGCAAGGCAGCAAUUGGGACGUAUGAUUGGAAUUAAAAUUGCUUCUGUUCACUUUCAUACGGGUUACAUACCACAUACUGAAUCUGAAUUGAUAUUCAAGAAAAAGGAUUUAGAUGACGCACCUGAAAUUGGUGGAAAUUUCAGUGUUAUUUUAAAUAUCGCGAUGUCUGAAGAGAAUUCGAAAAUGGCUAGAGUUCCAGCUCCUUGGGAAGCAGAAUUACAUUCUGAAAUAGAACCAGAUCCAUUAUUUGGAUCUACUUUAGAAAUGGAGGAGACUUUAGAAAGUUUUAGAACUGUUAAACCAGAAGAAAGUCAAAAGGAAACUAUAGUUCCAUCACCAGUUGAAACACAAAACAAUGUUAGUGUACAAGAAGUACCUCAACAAUCCGUAGAAAAUAUAGAGAAAGAAGAAGAAAUCAAGUUACAAGAAGCUGAUUUGUUAAACUUAGGAAUGCCAGGCACCAGUACCAUAAACAAUACUCCACAAAUUGCAGCGAAUCCAGGAUUAGAUAUCUUUUCUAAUUCUAGUCAAAAAGAAAGUGAUCUCUUAGGAGGAUUCGGUAAUUUUAUUCAACAAGAAACGAAAAAUACUGUACCCACUAUUACUAAUCCCGUUCAGAAUGACCUACUUUUUGGUCACGAUCAGCCUAUUAAUAGGAAUGAUAAUAGUAACAAUAAUUUGAGCGAUUUGUUCUUCAAUCAAAAUCAAUCUAUUACAAAACAAAAUCUUGAAGAUUUAUUUGAUCCACUUGGUAAAAGCACUGUAAACAAUCUGUUAGGAAACACUAAAUCGAGUAAUGCAAAACCUCCAUCUGAAGAAAACUUUCCAAGAAAUUCGAGCGUUCCGAAUUUUACAGCUCAAAACAAAGAUCCCUUUACAAAUCUUGCCAGCUCUUUGGGAGCUGGACUAACUUCUAGCUGGAAUGGAACACCAAAAAAUUCUAAUACUCCACAAUCAACUAGUCCUGCUCCUGCUAGCACGCCAAUCCAUUCGAGUCCUAAUACGCACAGAAAUACAAUUAACGAGACCAAUACUUCUGAUAAUACUGCCUCAGGCAAUAAAACGAAUAAAUCAAGUGGAGAUGCUUUUGAAGAUCUAUUAGGUAGUCAAGGAUAUAAUUUCUUUAGUUCGCGGAAGGCAGAAAAAGACAGUCCAAAGACAAUAAAUCAAAUGAGGAAAAUGGAAGCAGCCAAGACUAUGGAUCCAGAUAGAUUGAAGAUAGCUGAAUGGACAGAAGGGAAAAAGGGUAAUUUAAGGGCUCUUCUUUGUUCAUUACAUACAGUUUUGUGGCCUGAAGCUGAUAGAUGGCAACGAUGUGAAAUGCAUCAAUUAGUUACUACGGCAGAUGUGAAGAAAGCUUAUAGAAAAGCUUGUUUAGCUGUACAUCCAGAUAAGCAAGCAGGAACGGCUAACGAGAAUAUUGCAAAAUUAAUUUUCAUGGAACUAAAUAAUGCAUGGAGCACAUUUGAAAACGAUGCGUCACAACAAAAUUUAUUUAGUUAAUUACUUUGAUAUGACUGUAAUACGCUUGUUAUGUCCACGAGUUAAGGUAGUUCCUAGCAAAAAGAGAGAGACCCGAGAAUUAUUAAUUAUUAUUAUUAAUUGUAAGAUAUCUCUCUAUGUUACAUUCCGGCUAAUGUUAUCUUAGCUGUAGUGAAAAAAAAAAAGUAAGAAUUUUAAUGAAUGCAAAUUUUCGAGUACUGCAUUUGAAUGGCAACGUGUGUAUAUGCAUCUCUUUAUGAUAUAAAAAAGCCUUGUAAAAUUACUUAAAAAAAGUAAACUCUAUUAAGUGUAACUGCGGCAUAACGUAUAUAUGUAUAUAAAGUAAAAUGUAAAUUAAGGAAGAUUCCAAAUAUAUAAAAAUAUUUUCCGGUCGAUUA